UGAUUGCAAUAUAGUCAAUACUAGAGAGGCCAAGGGUUACAGGGUUACCGGUAUCCUGUUUAAGAGAGGCAUCUAAACAUAAUGUCGAGUACGUUGCCAGGCUUAUAAGGGGCCAGGCUCGCAUUAGAAAUUUAGAUGACUCAGUGUAUCCAUAUGAUGGGUACAAAUGCAUUUUAUGAUGCCAGGUCAUAUCUCAUAUAUAACAAGACAUACUGGUCUAUGCCAGCUGACCUUCACCUCCAACCAAAACAUAACAUUCAUUUGAUGAACAGCAAUGCUAAAAAUAUUGAAGUAUCACUGGCGGGCAAUUGCUAGUCUACAGACAUGUAACAAGCCACAGUCUGUGAGAUGUCUCAGUGAACAGACAGUGAGGACACUGAGAGAUCUGCUGGGGAAGGAAAAUGUAUCAGUCACUCAGGCUGUCAGAGAGCAGCACAGCACAGAUGAAGGAUUUCAUCAGGGUAAGUUACCUGAUGUGGUUGUGUACCCAGGGGAUAGGGCUCAGGUGUGCGAGGUGAUGAGACUGUGUUAUGUGGAGAAACUACCUGUUGUGCCAUAUGGGAUGGGGACUGGCCUAGAGGGAGGAGUCAUACCUGUACAGGGAGGUCUUUGUCUAGAUCUGAGCUGUAUGAAUCAGAUUCUGUCUGUGCACAGUGAAGAUUUUGAUUGUUGUGUGGAACCAGGUGUAACAAGACAAACGCUCAACACACACCUGAGGGACACAGGCCUCUGGUUCCCUGUUGACCCAGGGGCUGAUGCAUCCUUGUGUGGGAUGUGCGCCACAAGUGCGUCUGGCACUAACGCUGUGAGGUAUGGCACUAUGAGGGAGAAUGUGCUGAACCUAGAGGUGGUCUUGUCAGAUGGCCGAGUCCUUAACACUGCUGGUGAAGGACGGAGAACCAAGAAAACUUCUGCUGGUUACAACCUGACAAACUUUCUUGUUGGCUCAGAGGGGACGCUGGGUAUUAUCACCAAGGCAACCCUGAAGCUUCAUGGCAUACCAGAGGCAGUGAUAUCAGCUGUGUGUCACUUCCCUACUGUCCAGGCAGCCGUGGAUACCAGUGUACAGAUAUUGCAGUGUGGCCUGCCUAUUGCCAGAAUGGAGUUCAUGGAUGAGGACAGCAUGGUGGUUGUGAACAAGGCUUACAACACCAGCUAUCAAGAGUUACCCUCCUUGUUUCUGGAGUUCCAUGGCUCCUCCAGCUAUGUGAGUGAGCAAGCAGACAUAGCUGGUGGGAUAGCUGAGCUGAAUGGUGGACAAGGCUUGAGGUUUGCCAGGGAUGAGGAGGAGAGGUCUCAGCUAUGGAAGGCCAGACACAACAUCUUCUGGCUCUGCAGAAACCAGCGCCCAAACUCCAUUGGUUACCCUACUGAUGUGUGCGUGCCCAUUUCCAAACUGCCCGGAGUUCUGACAAGGGCUAGAGAGGCUGUUCACAGGGAAGGACUCUGGGGUCCAAUACUAGGUCACGUGGGAGAUGGAAAUUUUCAUGUGACGUUCUUCAUGGAGAAGGAUGAUCAAGAAGAGAUUCUGAAAGUUCAAAGAAUAGCCAAUGAAAUAGCUGAAGAUGCAUUGGCUGUAGGUGGGACCUGUACAGGAGAACACGGUGUGGGGCUUGGCAAGCGCAGUCUACUGGCCAAAGAGUUAGGGGAAACUGCAAUAGAUGUUUUGUGGCAACUUAAAAGAAUGAUGGAUCCCCAAAACAUCAUGAACCCGGGCAAAGUGUUGCCACCAAAAUUAACACUAUGAACUAGACCGAAGUUUACCCACCCAAAUGAUCAGUAUGAACCUUAAUCUGCAAGGUUUUACCAUCCAGGUGAACAUCAUUAACCUGGAAUAGAUGAGCACCAUGUGGUCAUGAUUACCACAAGACAGGUAACCAGGAAGGUUUUACCACCGAGGUAAACAUCAUUAACCUGGAAGAGAUGAGCACCAUGUGGUCAUGAUUACCACACGACAGGUAACCAGGAAGGUUUUACCAUCCAGGUGAACAUCAUUAACCUGGAAGAGAUGAGCACCAUGUGGUCAUGAUUACCACAGGACAGGUAACCAGGAAGGUUUUACCAUCCAGGUGAACAUCAUUAACCUGGAAGAGAUGAGCACCAUGUGGUCAUGAUUACCACAAGACAGGUAACCAGGAAGGUUUUACCACCGAGGUGAACAUCAUUAACCUGGAAUAGAUGAGCACCAUGUGGUCAUGAUUACCACAGGACAGGUAACCAGGAAGGUUUUACCAUCGAGGUGAACAUCAUUAACCUGGAAUAGAUGAGCACCAUGUGGUCAUGAUUACCACAGGACAGGUAACCAGGAAGGUUUUACCAUCCAGGUGAACAUCAUUAACCUGGAAGAGAUGAGCACCAUGUGGUCAUGAUUACCACAAGACAGGUAACCAGGAAGGUUUUACCACCGAGGUGAACAUCAUUAACCUGGAAUAGAUGAGCAUCAUGUGGUCAUGAUUACCACAGGACAGGUAACCAGGAAGGUUUUACCAUCCAGGUGAACAUCAUUAACCUGGAAUAGAUGAGCACCAUGUGGUCAUGAUUACCACAAGACAGGUAACCAGGAAGGUUUUACCAUAAAAGGUGAACAUCAUUAACCUGGAAUAGAUGAGCACCAUGUGGUCAUGAUUACCACAAGACAGGUAACUAGGAAGGUUUUACCAUUGAGGUGAACAUCAUUAACCUGGAAUGGAUGAGCACCAUGUGGUCAUGAUUACCACAGGACAGGUAACCAGGAAGGUUUUACCAUAAAAGGUGAACAUCAUUAACCUGGAAUAGAUGAGCACCAUGUGGUCAUGAUUACCACAGGACAGGUAACCAGGAAGGUUUUACCAUUGAGGUGAACAUCAUUAACCUGGAAGAGAUGAGCACCAUGUGGUCAUGAUUACCACAGGACAGGUAACCAGGAAGGUUUUACCAUCGAGGUGAACAUCAUUAACCUGGAAGAGAUGAGCACCAUGUGGUCAUGAUUACCACAGGACAGGUAACCAGGAAGGUUUUACCAUAAAAGGUGAACAUCAUUAACUUGGAAUAGAUGAGCACCAUGUGGUCAUGAUUACCACAAGACAGGUAACCAGGAAGGUUUUACCAUCGAGGUGAACAUCAUUAACCUGGAGGAGAUGAGCACCAUGUGGUCAUGAUUACCACAGGACAGGUAACCAGGAAGAUUUUACCAUCGAGGUGAACAUCAUUAACCUGGAAUAGAUGAGCACCAUGUGGUCAUGAUUACCACAGGACAGAUGGGGUCUCCCUGUACCGUGUCGGUUCUCAGUUCGAACUCGUUGAUAGAUUUGUACAUUUAAAAGACUGUUCCGGAGAUUUUUGGCAAAAAUACAGUUUUUUUUUGUUAUUAUUUUAGUAUUGCCCAAAUAAUUAUCUUUCACAAAUAUUAACCUCGUUUGUUCACGUGUUACCUUUCAUAACAAAGUGCCCUAAAUCUGCAAAACGUAUCGCAUUAUACUUUUUUCAAACAUUAGUAUCAUUAUAACUCUAACAUUUACGAAGCCAUAAGACGAAGAUACGAAGCGACU